ACCGCAGGGCUCAGGUUACAUUCGCGAGCAGAGCGGAGCGCGGGAGAGCGGACCGAGAGCGCUGCUGAGGGUUCGGCGCGGGUCAGCGCGUGCUGCUCGGCCCCCCGAGUCUCCUCCAGGGACCACUCGGACCCACCCCCACCCUGCGCCAGCUCCGCCCCGGCGAGGACCCCCUCCCCCAACACCAGUAUGGACUGCUGCACCGAGAGCGCCUGCUCCAAGCCGGACGAGGACAUCCUAGACAUCCCGCUGGACGAUCCCGGCGCCAACGCCGCCGCUGCCAAAAUCCAGGCGAGUUUCCGGGGCCACAUGGCCCGAAAGAAGAUCAAGAGCAGAGAGAGCGGCCGGAAGGGCCCGGGCUCCGGGGGGCCUGGCGGAGCUGGGGGCGCGCGGGGAGGCUCGGGCAGCGGCCCCAGCGGAGACUAGGCCAGAACUGAGCACUUUCGAAGUUCCCCAGGAGAGAUGGAUGCCGCGACCCCUCCGCAGUGACGCGACCUCCCCGCAGUGUUUGUGACCCUCCCCUUCCCGCCACCCUGCCAGCUUCGGGAGCCGCCCUACGUCCUCAGAGACCCUGGCCCAGGCCGGCUCCGUCGAGGAGUCGCCGAGUCCGUGCCCGUCCCUGUGGUUCUCCACCCCAGUGAGGUCCCGUGCGCCCUCCUUCCCCACCUGGCCCCAGACCUCGCACUCCCCGCGCGUCUGUCCCCGCUUCUCACCCCGCCUCCGCGCACCUGCAUGCAGUUUGGCCUCCACGGCCUCCUCGGCGAUCCCCCGAGUGCACCGCAGAGGGCGCCCUACCCUCUACGUUGCCCAGGACACGCACUUGAAAAAAAAGCCCUUUCGUUCCCCGCA